AUCCUGUGAAGCAAGGUAUUAUAGACUAUUUUCUUGAACCAUUUAUACUAACCACAAUAUUCAAAUUAGAAUUAGAGUUUGAGAAGCUGCAAAUUAUCUGGCUAGUUAUAGAUGGUUCUCAUGAUAUAAG